AAACAAACAUAUAUAAAGACCGAGUUUUCCUGCAGAACAAGCAAGAAAAUUCUAAAAGAACAAACACCCAGAAAUCAAAACCAAAAACCCAAAUCAAAUCACUAUCAACUUCAAUCAAACACCAGAGAAAUCAAAAAUCAAAAAUUUUGACUCAAGAAAAAAGUAUUAAACAAUGGAUGUAAUUAAAAAGCAGCAAAUUUCUGCAACGCCGAUUGAAAAAGUGAUCGUGCAUCCACUGGUUCUUCUCAGCAUUGUGGAUAAUUACACUAGAGUUGCUAAAGAUACUCGAAAACGCGUCGUCGGAGUGUUGCUUGGUUCUUCUUUCAAAGGCACUGUUGAUAUUACUAAUAGCUAUGCAGUUCCAUUUGAAGAAGAUGACAAGGACCCAAGCAUUUGGUUUCUUGACCACAACUAUCAUGAGUCAAUGUUUUCCAUGUUUAAAAGAAUUAAUGCCAAGGAGCAUGUUGUGGGCUGGUACAGCACAGGUCCAAAACUGAGGGAAAAUGACUUAGAUAUCCAUGGACUGUUUAGUGACUAUGUUCCAAAUCCUGUGUUGGUCAUAAUUGAUGUCCAACCAGUAGAGCUGGGAUUACCUACAAAAGCUUAUUGUGCAGUUGAAGAGGUCAAAGAGAAUGCCACCCAGAAAAGCCAGAAGGUCUUUGUGCAUGUCCUAUCAGAAAUUGCUGCUCAUGAAGUUGAGGAAAUUGGCGUGGAACACUUGCUAAGGGAUGUGAAAGACACCACUAUUAGCACCCUUGCAACAGAGGUGACCGGGAAACUUACUGCUUUAAAAGGGUUGGAUGCUCGAUUGCGAGAAAUACGUAGUUAUCUUGACUUUGUCAUCAAUGAAAAGCUACCACUGAACCACGAGAUUUUAUACCAUUUACAGGAUGUGUUCAAUCUCCUUCCCAAUCUCAAUGUUGCCGAGUUGGUCAAGGCUUUUUCAGUGAAAACAAAUGACAUGAUGUUGGUUACCUACCUUUCUUCCCUGAUCAGAAGUGUAAUAGCUCUCCACAACUUGAUCAACAAUAAGUUGCUGAACAAAGAACAUGAAAAAGCUGAAGACUCGAAGUUAGUUGAUGUACCUGCUGCUGCUGGUAGCUAGACAUGGAGGUCCGACCGGGGUGGCCGUCUUUCUCCAUCUUUCUUGGAGAAUCAUGUGUUUUCUUGAUGAGACAGCUGGACGGGUUGGGUGGUGGUGAUUCAGUGAAAGACAUCCACAUUAUGUGUUUCUUCUGAUAUAUUUACAAUAUUUUUUCUUGGACUGCUUGCAAAAUGCUAAUUCAAUGGAAAAAAUGAUUUCAAGAUGCUAA